AUGGAGCUGCCGCUACCUCGAGAUGCGAAUCGAACUCUUCGUAUGAAGAGAAGCGGUCGCAUCAGCGCCCUCACCCUCUCCCUUUCUCCUGAGCACGCUCAACAACAACAUCAACGGAGUAUAACAUCACCCGCAAAAGCCUCACCUUCCAUGCGCUCGCCGCAUUCCUCCCUCGUCUCUCCAGAAUACCUAUCCCGCAGCGCAUCCACACUAAACCACCACCGCAACAUCUCCGGCUCUGGUCCUUCCCCCGGCACCUCGGUCGUCGACUAUGGCUCCAUGCGCUCCGACUCACGCGCUGAAUCCUCCCUUACAGUCCGCGCUCCCGAACGAGGCGGAUCGCCGCCGCUGACGCCGUUCCCGCCGUGGGUUAGCGAGGAGGAGGACGAGGGCGACGACUGCGAGAAUCGUACUUGGGAGGGAUCUACGACUCGCACGGAUGGGAAGAGACAUAGUUACGAUGGCAGUCAUGUGCCUGUGACGAUUGUACGCGUUGAGGGCCGCUGGGUAGUUAGCUCUGUCAUACAUGGCCUCGUGCUCGCGUUGCAGUUUACUGUGACACUGGGUGUUUUUAGUGCUUUGAUGUGGAUUACUGUGUGGAAGGAGAACGAGCCCGGUAAUGACUUCGAUGACUGGCUCUGGAAACUCGCCGACCCCACGCUCAUCACAGUGCUGCUCCUCUGCUCAGCGAGUCUUGUCAUCCACGAAGUCAAGCUCCUUUCCUCGGUCGCACUGCUCUAUCUAGAGUCCCUCAUACUCGCCGCAACGACCGUAUCAAGCCUCGUACUGUGGGCGCGGUGCUUCCAGGAGGAGAGUCGUAGUGUCAAGGGUGUGUUGAUGGGCUGCAAUGUUUUUAUGUGGGGACUAGCUCUUUUUGCAUUCGUCCGAGCUGUUGUCGUUUGGAAGGUCGAGGCUAAUGAAGACGAGAUGGAUCACGAGAGGGCGGUUAUGUAUGGGACGUUUACGCUGUGGGGAAUGGGGGAUGAGAGACGGGAGUCUUUAUGA